AUGGUACUUCAAGAAAAUGCAAAGAAUAUACAACUACAUGGUUUUUGCGAUGCAAGUGAAAAGGCUUAUGGAGCUUGUAUAUACUUAAGAUCGACUGAUAUAAAUGGAAAGGUAAAAAUAGCUCUGCUCUGUGCAAAAUCAAGAGUUGCACCUAUCAAAACUAUACAAACUAUUCCGAAAUUAGAGUUAUGUGCAGCCUUAUUAUUAGUCGAUUUAUUUUCAAAAAUUGAAUCAUCUAUCGACAUUCCAAUACAAGAGACAAUAUUUUGGACGGAUUUCAUGAUAACGCUUUAUUGGAUUCGUAAAUCUCCUCAUCUACUUAAAACAUUCGUCGCGAAUCGAGUAUCAGACAUUCAAUCAAAAACUCAUCCAGAAAUAUGGAGACAUGUACGCACGCACGACAAUCCAGCUGAUCUAUUAUCUCGGGGUAUAUCACCCGAAACUCUUGUCAAAAAAACUAUUUGGAAAAAAGGACCCAAAUGGUUAGAAGAGAGAGAGGACAAAUGGCCUGAGCAACCGUCAGCCUUAGCUAUUGAAGCAAUUGAUAUACCUGAAGUGAGAAAACUUACCUGCCUAAUGACCAACACUAUAGGAAACGACAUCCUCGAACGAUUUUCGUCUUACUACAAAUUACAACGCAUUAUCGCAUUAUGCUUACGUUUUAAAACACAAAAUAAAAAUAAAAAUACAAUUACCAUUGCAGAGUUGAGAAAUGCUUCAAUCUCAAUUAUCAAAUCAGUACAACAUCAAGCUUUUUACAAGGAAAUCACAAGUAUUCAAAACAAAUUACCAUUAUCUGCUAAGAGUAAUAUUUUGUGUCUACAACCAGUUUUAGAUGAUAAUCGGAUUCUCCGAGUUGGGGGUAGAAUCCAGCAUUCAAGUUUAUCGUAUAAUCAAAAACAUCCGAUUUUAUUACCAAAAUCACAUAAAAUAACGGAUUUAAUAAUUCAACGUGAACAUAUAAAUGGGUUGCAUAGCGGUGUACAAUCAACUUUAAAUAAUCUUCACUUAAAUUAUUGGCCAAUAGAUGGUAAAAAUCAAACACGUAAAAUUAUACGUCAAUGUGUACGCUGCGCCAGGGUUAAUCCUGUACCGGUCAAUUAUAUUAUGGGAAAUUUACCUAAAGAAAGGAUCACAAUGAGCCGACCAUUCAUCAACACGGGUGUAGAUUAUUGCGGACCAUUUUUCAUAAAAGAAAAGAAAUUUCGCAAUAAAAACAAGAUUAAAAUUUGGAUAUCAAUAUUUGUCUGUCUUGCUACAAAGGCUGUGCAUAUUGAGAUUGUUACAGACCUCACAACGGAAGGUUUCAUCGGGGCUUUACGUAGAUUUGUCGCGAGAAGAGGAUAUUGUGCUUCCAUUCAUUCGGAUAAUGGCACAAAUUUCGUAGAAGCUAAUAAUGAGUUAAAAAAACUUUCAGAAUUAUUAAAAUCUGAGAAACAUAACGAUCAAGUUACCAAGUAUCUCGCUGCUAAAAAUGUCGAAUAG